AUGACGCCACCUUCAGUGAAAAAUGGAAACUCUUCGGGAGGAGUUGCCCUGCAAAGGCCCAAUCAACCUUCCACUCCGGGCAGCUACCCAAAGUACCACAGCUGCGACAGCGUCGCAUCCUCGGCCUCGCCCGUCACCUCGCCAUUGUCCGCCGGUUCAACGAGCAAUCACCCCACCACUACGACUGCUGGACUUCAAGUUCAACAGCAACAACCGGGAGGUCUUCAGCCGCCCACUCGAUGUCACUCAAAUUCGAGCGCAGCUGGGGCUCCAUUAAACAACAGCGGCAGCAGUCCGAAUACGCCCUACACCCCACUGAACGCGCCCAUGACGCCUGGUGGAGGGCCAAUGACGCCCGGACCAAUGACGCCUGGAAAUGGCGUAAUUGGUAAUCCCCGAACUCCAGGCGAAAGUCUGAAGAGGGACGAGUCCUCGACCUCCACUUGCGGUUCGCCCUUCCCCUCAAACACCAGUGACUACAAUGCUCUCUUUGGAGGAAACGGUGCAAAACGGCCUUUUCCUCAAGGCAGCGCCUCACCGGCUUCCUCCUCGGUGAAACGUUCCCCUUCCUCAAUGGAGCCAAUGUCGCCCUACUCGAGCCGUCUGGCGGCCAUGGGCCUGGCGCCCUCUCCGAGCUUACUUCAGGGCCGAAACUCGGCGUCAUCGCCCGCUGCCGGUGGUCCUCCGGGAACGCCCUACGGCGCCGGCUCCUCAGCAAUGGCAGCCACAUUUGGCACGCCCUCCUCUUCUAGUCAUCCUGGAUCGGGUGGUCUGGGCCCUCCGGGCACCCCAGUUCCACCUGGCUACCCGCACUCCAACAGCAGCAACAUCAGCAAUCCCUACAUGACUCCCAAUCCGUACUCGCAUCAGCCCGCUUCGGCCGCCUCCUCUGUAGGCUACCACGGUCCGCCCUCUUUUGGCCCCUUCAGCACUGCAACUACCGAUUCUUCCUACUCUGAGGAGGGAAUUGGUGGUGGUGGAGUUAACCCAAAUGCUGGUGGAAAUCUAGGAGAACUCGCCUUUGAGUCCGCCAAUGACCUGAACAUGAUUGGUGGUGGUGGUGGUAAUCACCCCUUCAAGGGAGUGCCACUGUACGAUGCCGCCAUGUCCAGUCAGCAUCACCCGCAUCAACAACAACACCACCAUCAGCAACAGCAACUUCAGCAUCAGUCUUCAACUGCGCCGGUGAACACCAGUUUCAAGGCGAACAUUCUCAAUCGCGAGAAGAUCCGCCACCUCUCCGACUCGAGCAGCUCCUCCGACUCAAACAGUUCGGACAGCUCAGACAGUGACGAUGACGACGACGACUCUUCGGACUCCUCCACCGACACUGACCACGAGGUAGGGAACAAUGCCGGCAAUGCAAUGCUGGCCAUGGCCACAAAUGCUUCAGAAAUGACGGCGCAGAAAAGCAGCAGCGAAAGCUCAGCAGCGAAUAGCCUCGCAGCAGCAGCACUUUCUGGCCCGGGUCCUGGCGAGCGUGGUGACCGGCAGCAGCAGCAAACUUUGUUGCAGUCCACUUCCGCUUCAACAGUUGCUGACUCGCCGCCGUCACCACCGCCGCCGAUGGACCGCCGGCCACUUGAUCCAAUCACAACAACAAAGCCGAGCGUUGGAGGUGGCCUGUCCUCUUCGAUGACCAAGGCGAUUCUCAACAGCAGUCGACGGACUAAAAAGCCGAAACGAAUUCGAGGGGCGAACUCUUCAUCGGAUGAUGACGAUGACGACGACGACGCCUCCUCGUACAAUGGCACCAGCGAGGAGGAUGAGGACCAGGAUGACACCUCGAGCAGCGAUGAUGACGACGACGGACGCAAGGGUCGCAAAGAACGAGUUAAAAAGAACGUCGAGGAAGAGGACGAUGACGACGAUGAUGAUGAUGCAAUGGGCGAUGUCAACGACGAUGAUGACGAUGACGACGAUGAAGACCUGGGCAAAGGGGAUGAUGACGACGAGGACGACGACGAUGAUUCCAUUUCCUCCUUCUCCUCGAGUUCAUCCACCUCGCAGCAUCACCAGCGACACCGAUCAGAGAAGCAGCAGCUUCUGGCACAGCAGCAGCAGAUAGGCCCGGACGGCCUUCCGGUGAAGAAGAAGCGUGGCCGACCGAGGUCUCUUGACCGCCUGAAUGCCGCCAUUGCACUGCAGCAGAAGCGGGAGCUAAAACGACAGCAGCGACUGGAGCUGCAGCAGCAGCAGCAACAACAACAACAACUUCAGCAGCAGGGCAAGGUGCCCAAGCUGGUGCUGAAGUUCAACUCUGCGGAGAACAGCGCCACCAUCAGCUCCUCCUCCUCUUCCAGUUCAUCAGCUAGCGGCUCUAGCGGCAACUUCAGCAGCAGCAGUUCUACAUUGGGCACGCCGGGCCGUUCGCCGAUUCGAAGUUACCAGCACUCGGCGGCCUACCUCAGCCGGCACCAGCAGCGACCCCAGCCGCAGAUGGCCUCGCCAGCACCGCUCACUCGUCAGGGCGCCCAUCAACUCAAGUCGGCCGCCUACACCGUCAAAGUAAGCAACAACAAUGGCGGCAGCAGCGGAAGCGGAAACUGCGAAAACAGCAGCAACAGCAGCAGCAGCAGCAGUUGCGGCAGCGGAAGCAGAAAGCAGCAGCAGCAGCGCGAACAGAUGCGAGAAUCGGAGGUGGACCGAGAGGUGGAGCGGAGUUUAGACGAAAGUGGUGGUAGUAGUGAAAGCGAAAGUCGUUCUCCUAAAGGUAGCAAAGAGAGCGUUGCACUAGUAGCAUCUUUGGAUAAUCAUUCAAAGGAGGAAGUGAUCACCACCACCCCCUCCUCCUCCGGUUACUCCUCCUCACCUGCUAGCAGCACUAGAUUGCGCACCAGUUCGAUCUCUCGUGAUGGUGGUGGUGGUGGUGGUAGUGGAAUUGGUAUUUCCAACCACCUAAACAACCAUCACGAUCACUACCCAAAUCGCAACAACAGCAGCAGCAGCACUCGCUUACCCAGCAACUUGCACAACAGCUCGCAAACGUCCAAUGCACUGCAUAACGCAAAUGCGAACGCAAAUCAGAUGCGAGAGCAAUCGCAACAGCAGCAGCAUCAGCAGCAAUCGCAGCAGCAGCACCUUCCCGCGUCGCCCAAGCUGCGCAUUAAAGUGCCCCGAACUGAAGCGGAAACUUUCGUCUGUUCGCAGAUUGAACGCACGCUGGCUAUUGCCGGUCGGAGGCGGUCAUCGGAGACGGUCACUGCUGAGGCCAGCUCAAAGAAGGUGAACAUCGAGCCACAACAACAGCAGCAACAGCAACAACCUAAAAGUAAGGCAGUUGUUGAACAACGGCCGACAACAACUCGCAAAGAAGCAGCUGAACAGCAAACUCCUGAUGAGGACGUGAUACCGAUUCCGACUACAGAGGAGACGAUCAGCGAUCUGCUCGGCUACGUCUGCGACCUGGCCACCAUUGAGGUGCUCACCGAGUGCUCAAAGUCGCCAGACGCGGAAACUUUCGUCUGUUCGCAGAUUGAACGCACGCUGGCUAUUGCCGGUCGGAGGCGGUCAUCGGAGACGGUCACUGCUGAGGCCAGCUCAAAGAAGGUGAACAUCGAGCCACAACAACAGCAGCAACAGCAACAACCUAAAAGUAAAGCAGUUGUUGAACAACGGCCAACAACAACUCGCAAAGAAGCAGCUGAACGACAAACUCCUGAUGAGGACGUGAUACCAAUUCCGACUACUGAGGAGACGAUCAGCGAUUUGCUCGGCUACGUCUGCGACCUGGCCACCAUCGAGGUUCUCACCGAGUGCUCAAAGUCGCAAGACAGUGAGGAACUGGUGGCGGCACUGCAACGAAAAGUCCAGCACGAGGAAGCGGUCGAGCGUCAGCAGCAGCAGCAGCAGCGGAAGCUACUCCAUAGCCACUCCAGAACCUCAGAACCUCUGGACAGUCAUGCCGCGACCACUGGCUUCUCGGCGACUGCGGGCACCACCACCACUACCGGAACCAUCUCCGAGGACGACUUUGCCGUACGUAAUCUGCAACUGGUUGAAUUUGGCCAAAAACACCCUUCUACUCCUCAGCAUGACUCCUCUUCCACCAACACCACCAAUACAACUUCUGCUUCUUCUUCAGCCGCUGAUGAUGAAGUUGUUGUUGUUGUCUUGGCCAGUUCAAAGUCUACCACUACCACUACUGCCAUUACUGAUCAUGCAUCCCCAAUCAAUCACGAUCAUUCGUUUAGAGUUCCAGCGACACCGGUUUCUGCGGCAACGGCGGCGACUAACACUACCGGAGCAACAGGAGACGGACGUUGUACACCUAGCCUCCUGCAAGAAAGCGUAGUGCCAUCAACUUUGACAGGAAAUUCUCCAGCGAUCCCGAAUCCUGCAACCACCCUUCUCAACCAGCAGCAGCGUUUUCCCACCCCCGAGGCGAUGUACUCCUUUCUCCACCAGCAGAUGAGCAUCGGCCCCAGCCCCUUUGCCAGCGAGGUGUCCAGCGAUGAGCAGUCCAGUGCCAUCAACAGCAUCAUCAACAUUGGCCUGGAGGAGGAGGGCGAGGAGGAGGAGGCCGUCCCGCCGCCAGCUGACCUUCUCAUCAUCGACAACACCAGCUCGGAGCACCCGCUGCUAAGGACCUUCCUGGCAGCUGAACCCGAGUCGCCGGGCAAUAAUAACAGAAAGACGCCAACUCCUGCGGAAAAAUCAUCUUCACCUCCACCGGUCAUUGAUUUGGAGUUGUCAACAGCAACUGCUGACAAGGACAAAGUCUUGACGACCUUCAUUGAAAAAGUGGGAAAGGACAGUGACAUUGAAAGUGGCGAGACCUUGAACUCCUCUGAAACGCUGGCCAGUCUGCUCAGUGCCAAUCGACCGCCGAGUGGCAAAGGCAUUGGAGCGUCCACUUCUUCAACCUCCACUUCAUCCUCCACCGGAAACAACCAACUAAAGGACAUCCUCACCGAGGCCAUGGAGUCGAUUCACCACCUGGACAGUGACGAGGUGCAGAGACUGCUUGGCUCCUCGUCGACGCCCAACUCUUCGGCCAACAAGUCUCGGCGAACCUCCACAGCAAGCGACUUUUCCUUCUCGGCGCUAGGACAGUUGAACAACGAGUCUAACAACUUCCUCGACGACCUUUUCAGUGACUCGUACAACUUUAGCGCCGGCGGUGGAGGUGGCGGCGAAUCGACACGAGACAUUGAGGAGGAGAUUCGACAGCUCGAAGAGUUUCAGAGUGGCUUUGACAUGGGAGGUGGUGAAGAGAAUUCCUCCAAUCAUGCUCCUAUUUCAGCCCUGACCAGUACACUGGCGGCCGCUCUGAGCCGACGAUCAUCUCGAAGUUCAGCCUCAGGCAGCAUCAGCGGGCCGACCACCUCAGCCGACCAACUUCUGGUGACUAUUGUGGAAAAAAGUUUGCUCACGCUGGACGAUGCAAAUGCUGAAGAUAAUCCAGAAGAAACAACAGCUGCUGCUGUUUCCGAAGUGGCCAGUCCGGAAGGAAGCUCUGGAACGACCAUUCGCUCGCUGAUCUCAGAGAUGGUCAACAGCGUGGAGGACAGCUCAAACACGAGCAAGUUGGCUCAAAAUUUGGCGGACAACGAGUGCGAGCAGAGUCUUCUCGGAGGUCUGCUUGAUAGUCAGUUCAAAGAGAGUGGAGUUGGAAGUUCACCUUCUGGAGUUGUUGGCAAGUUUGGCAGCGUCACGCCUGCCCAUCCGCUAAUGGCCUCACUGAUGGCCCCGCCGCCAGCCAUUGUGCCGGCAAAGCCCAGAGAGCAGCUGCCCAAAGUGAGGCCAGAAAAGCCUAGUAAAAUCACCCUCAAGUAUCUGCUGGAGACGAUUGACGGUGACACCGAUGAUGACAUGGCCGAUAUUUCCCCCUCAAAGGUGCUGACCGCCUCUUCGGCGCUCUUUUCAGCUGCCAACAUAAGGCCUAGCACCACCAGCAACAUUACAUCAUCAUCCUCAAUAACCAAUUCAACAACAAAUGCCACCACUACCAUCACCCCAGUUGAAAAGGAUGAUGAGGUGGUGAUACUGCCCACUCCACCACCACCCCCUCCACAUCCACUUCAGCCAGUUUUGACGACACCAUUUGAUGAUCAUCCCUCAUCACUGCUCAUUCAGCCAGCUCAGCUUUUUGACAACGCCAUUCAGCAGUACGACAAUGUUGUUGAGCCAACGGAGGCAACAACAACAGACGCUGAACAACAACAACAGACUGGGCUUGAAUUUUCAGGCCUCUCUGAAUCGUCGUCAUCUUUUCUCCAGCCAAUCAGCAUGCCCAUCAUGUCGGCUUUGAAUGCCCUUGAAUCUCUCGACAGCCAUCACCAUCAAUUGCAGUUUCAGAAUUUCAGUCCACUGGCACCGCCGCCGUCCACAUCCGAUGAUGCUGUAGUUGACUAUCUAACUGACCUUCAGCCGGAGCCAUCAGAUCACCAGCAGCAAAUGCUGUUGUUGUCAGAGAAUAGUGCGAGUUUGGCUCCUGAGAUUAUUGAUCUGGAAAAAUCUGAAUCGAUCAGUGUUGAUCUAAAAGUGGCUCCACCAACCGAUGAUGAUUCUCUGGAAAAGGAAAAGUCAACAACAACUGAUUCCAGUGACGACAAGGACCGACCACCAAGUCCCGAGCAGGUGUGCGUCGAGCUGCUAAACGACAUUGUAGAGAUGGCCAGCGACAAAGUGUCUGAUGAUAGGAGAGAAAAAGAAGGUGAUGAUCAUCAACAACCACCUCAGACAGAGACCAUCACUGAUGUAGGACUUGAUAAAACGGCCGAUGAAGACGUCGAAGUGUCAAAGCUCUUUGCGACCACUUCAAACUUGGUCGCUGAGGCCGCCGCCGCCAAACGUCGUCGCUCCCUGGAGCUCUUUGUCAGUCUGACCACCAACAACCACUCAACCAAAAGUCCCUCUCCUCUGAUCAGCUCAACUAGAACUGGUCGUUCGAGCAGCUCUCUGGAGGCGGUCGAUGAGCUGAUGACCAUCUUGGGCUCAGCAUCGACGUCACCCUCAAAAGAUGGAAAAGCACUGACUGAAUCACGAUCUACUCCCGAAUCUCGGUCCGCCUCACCAAACGUUUUGAUGGACGCCAAUAACAGCACAAGCACCAGCAGUGAGCGCCGACGAUCACCCACGCCCAUCAUCUCCACCACAGAGGGCACCGGCUCGAGUUCUGCCUUUGAGUUGCACUCACCUUCAUUACCGCACUUUGAAGAAGAAGAUAAUGAUCAGUCAAUGGACCACCAAUUUGGUUCACAACUGUCACCUAGAUCAUCACCAUCACGACCACUUUUACCACCAAUGUCCUUUCGAGCCCGAUCUCGAUCUCUGGUAAUCGAUGUGCGCAGUCACAGCAGCGGAUCGGAGUUGAGCUUAAAGACGACGACAACGACCACCACCACGACAACUGCUGAGUUUUCAUCUCGACUGUACAACAUCAACAACAACAACAAACGAGUCAAAAGGGGUCAGACGGUUGCUGAUAAACCUUCAAAGAAGGCCCGGAUUGCCGAGUUGAUAGACAGCAAAAAUACCGAAAACAGUCGAGGUGAUAAGGAUGAUGAUGACGAUAGUGAAAUAACCGAGUCCAACAGCAGCAGCAGCAUCACCACCGACACUCGCAAGGAGCCCAGUCUUGGAAUCGACUGUUGGCAAGAGGAGUUCACCAAUGCCAAUGGCCUAAACCAACAUGUUUCCAACGUUUUGCUAAACUGCAUCCAAGAAAAACUCAAAUACAGUGAAACACUUGGCGAAGCUGGCAGCGACACUUACAAUCUAAUUGAAAAUGCUCUAAAGUGUUUUGGCAUUGAAAAGGAUUGCGUAGAAUUUACUUUUAAGGCCUACGCUCAAGCAAUUCAACUCGCACAAACUGAACUUGUUCUGUUGAAAAACUGCACAUCGACAACGACAUCGAUCAUCGCCAACUUUAAGUCAAUGCUAGAGUUGUUCAAAAACUUAAAACUGACUCAAACUGAAUGCACUAGUAAACUAGUGCCAAACCCUCUACCUGAGUUUCUGCUCUCCCAAAUCAGGCAAAUCUACGAGACGGCACUGUUUGAAGAUGAUCGACUGGCGACCACUGAGAAAGUUUUCACCAGUUUUCUCCUUCUUUUGCCUCAACAACUAAAAACCGAUGAAAGUAAAAAGGUGCUCAAGUUGCUAAAUGAGCUGUUCAAAGAGGUGUCCACAACUCCUACAUUGCUGAUUUGGUUUCAGAACAGCCUAGAAGAGCACAUUUACCAGCAAGGAACCGGAGCACUUGCCAAUCUGUCAAAUUCUGAUCAACAGAUUUCAGAAGAGUAUGUCAACGCCAUUUUACAGGUGCAUCGGCAGUUCAGCAUCUUGGACAAGUGUGAAAAUAAAUACAUUGAUGCUGUCAAAGAUAAGGCUUUUAGACGAUUUAUCAACUGCAAUGCAGUCACCACUAGAAAAUCCUCGGUCUCCGAGCUAGUGGCACAAUUUUGUGACCUUUCACUAAGGAAAAUUGCUGAAUGCUCGAAUCCGUCUCAAGAAACAUCUCAAACUUUUGAAAACAUUCUCAACCAAGUGAUUACUGUUUUCCAGUACAUUACCGACAAGGAGCCAUUUGAGCAGUUGUACCACAAAAUGCUGCUAAAACGGAUGAUAAAACUGGAGAAAAGUUUCAUUGAAGUUGCAGAAACUAACAUGAUUUCCAAGUUGAAGCAAACGGGUGACCUACUUGACCCGGCCAAGCUGGAGCGUACGCUUCAAAAUGGAACAGAAAAUCGAAAGCUAAAUGAGCAGAUGAUAAAAGAGAAGGAGAACUCUAAGGAUCCGCUCCCCAUAGCAGAUUUUUCCGUUCAGGUGUUUAACUGUUUAGUUUGGCCCUAUCAAAAGGAGCUUAGCACUACUACGUCAUUUGUCCUUCCAGAAGAGGCAACCACCUUCCAAAUGGCUGUUCUACUGGCGUACAACACCACCGACCAGUUCAUUGUACGGCAACUUUACAAAAAAACAAAAAUCGCCGUAAACAAGCUCAUUCAAGUGCUGACCAGUCUGCUUAAAGCUAAGCUUUUAGUAGUUGUAACUGAAAAAGUGAUCAGCGACAAUUGUGAAAAAGAAUCCAGAGCAAAAGAAGUCAAAACGAAAAAGUUGCACGCCCCGGACCUGCAACCAAAUGAACCGCUUACGAACCGUAGNCGACGCAAUGUCAACAUCAGCAAACACUACUCAAACUCUUCUGCUCAAAAAAUCGUCGAAAAGACGAUCGAAGCAGAUCAGAAAUUGGCCAUUCAGGCAGCCAUUGUGCGAAUUUUGAAGGGCUCUCGUAGUUUGGCCCACCAGCAGCUGUUCACUGAAGUGACCCUGCAGUUGAUGUCACGUUUCACACCAAAAGAGGCCACAGUUCAGCAAUGCAUCCGCAUACUCAUCGACAAAGAGUACAUCAGAAGCACACAAAAGUCAUCAUCAUCAGCUUUAGCUUCAAAUCCGCACACCAUUUUCUAUCAGUAUUUGGAAUAA